UCCAAUACUUUCAUUCACAAACGCAUCUUUCCGUUAAACAUUUUACUCUAAAACUCAUCAAACCGAUAAUGGCACCCAAGGCGGCAGAGAAGAAACCCGCAGAGAAGAAGCCAGCGGAGAAAGCCCCGGCGGAGAAGCGUCCAAAGGCGGAGAAGAAGAUCUCGAAGGAAGGAGGAAGCGACAAGAAGAAGAAGAAGUCGAAGAAGAGCGUCGAGACGUACAAGAUCUACAUCUUCAAGGUCCUGAAGCAGGUUCAUCCCGACAUCGGAAUCUCCGGGAAGGCGAUGGGGAUCAUGAACAGUUUCAUCAACGACAUCUUCGAGAAACUCGCGCAGGAAUCUUCGAAGCUCGCUAGGUACAACAAGAAGCCGACGAUCACGUCGAGGGAGAUCCAGACGGCGGUUAGGCUCGUGUUGCCCGGAGAGCUCGCGAAACACGCCGUCUCUGAGGGGACCAAGGCGGUUACCAAAUUCACAAGCACUUAGGGUUUGAAUCGACUGUGUACCGAUUAGUGAGAUCCUUUGAAUGAACAGGUUUUUCUUGUUAAUGAAUAUCGAUUUUCUAGCAAUAUAAUUUGGGGAUUCAGAUUUAAUUCUACAAUUGCGGGAUUAUAUCUCAAGAUUUGUUCUUAUGUUUCUGAAAUCUCUUGCUAUUCU